AUGUGGGUCAGAAUUGAGCGGACGCGGCGGGGCAUCAAACCCGCCCUGCCCUCCGUUCAAGACCGGCCGGCCAUGAAAGCUAGUUACUUGAAAACCGGCAAGAUCCCUUACUCGGUCGAAGAUUAGCUAGCCAACAUAGAACGGUCCGAAAUAUGAACAUUUUUACCCGGGUUAGUGUCCGAACCCUUAGUCAAACCUCUAGAACCACUUCCGUUCUAUCCAAUACCAUUUUGACCCGCGAGCGAUCGCUCACCCCCGAAUUUGCUCUCCAUCUCCUCACUCCGGACACGGAUUUGUGGUGGCAGGAUCCGGCCACGAGUCUUGUCCCCUUUCCCGAUCCUUAUUGGGCCAUCUACUGGCCUGGGGGCCAGGUCAUGACCCGAUUCGUCCUUGAUCAUCCGGCAUGGAUCAGUGGCCGACGGGUCCUGGACUUGGGGUGCGGUUGUGGGGCGACCUCGAUGGCUUGUGUGAAGUCGGGUGCGAUGUCGGUUUGUGCCAAUGAUAUCGACCCCUGGGCCUUAGCCGCCACUGCUCUCAACUUUAAAGCUAACAGCGUUUCCGAUGACAUUGUUCAUUACUGUUCAGACGAUUUUCUGGCCCAUCAAUCGUUAUCAACCUUGUUAAGAAACUACCAAGUGAUUCUGGUCGGGGAUAUGUAUUUUGAUCAAGACCUGGGCAGCCAAAUCUCGAACCUCACAACCGAUUUCGUGGCCGAGUCGCCGGAGGGUGUGGCUUUAGUGAGUGACCCCGGUCGAUGGUAUCUGAUGGAUCCGACACAUCGGACUCGAGCUCAAUUGAAUUGUGUGGCUCAGUAUCAUUUGCCUGGGGAAGUGCGACAAGAUCAUCCAGGCUUAAUUACAGGAUCGGUCUAUCAGGUGAUGGAAAAAUAAAUUUUCAAUGAUCACUCAA